AUGGACAAGGGUGUAGGCGCGGCAGAGUUUUGGAGUGUUGGCUUCAGCUGUGAUAAAAGUUUGUUAACCGCUAAUUUCCACAUCAACGAAGGCAUCAACUUUGAGGAAAGCCUUUUUUUGCCACCACCUUCAGCACCAACAACUCCGACAAAGAGCUUCGCAAACAAUUUCAAAUUGGAGCCUAAUCUUAGCGUGAAGGAGUUCAGCAAAAGUCAAACUGAAAAUAGUAGCGAAGGACCGCCAGCGCCAACACGUAGGAAAUACAAAAAGCGCGUGCAAUUCAGUGACGCACUCAAUGGUUUCCCUAAAAUGAAAGACUUUUCCAACUUUUCCACGAAAGCCAAGAAACACGAUCAAAAAACGAAAGGUACUGCCAGUGCCACUGGCGGCGCAAGCGAUACAUUGCCCGAGGUGUUGGAUUGUCGCAUAGCAGAGAAGAUCAAGAGCGAAUUGGAGGAGAAGUCCGCAUCCAAAGUGCCAGCGCAUCAGAAUGCAUUGUGUCUUAAGAAACCGGGCGAGGGCGGUGCCAUGGAACAGCAAAAUAAUAGCGACGAUGAUGAGGAUGAAGAUGAAGAGACAGAAGCAGACGCUACCGGUGAUGCAGCAAAUGCAGCUCCUGCCACCGUUGCCACCGUAGCCGUUGCGGCCGCCGCUGCUGCUGUCAUCGGAGACGUAGUAGAUGCCAACAGUGCAGCAGCAACGCCAACUCCAUCGCUCACAGCACCGUCGGUGGUUUCGGCUAGUAAUUUCCGUGCGCGUGCGAAAGGCAAACGCGGUCCUAAAAACGCGCCAGCGCUGCCAGUCAACAGCUCAUUUAGUAGCUUGGGCACCAGCAUUGCCGACGAGGAAGAAGACGAACUCGACGCCGAGACAGAUGGUGAUGAUGAAGAUGAAGAAAUGGAUGAAGAGGCGUUGGCACGUGAAAUGAAGAACGAACAGAAUUUUGUAGAAGAAGAGGACGAACACGAUAUUGCCUUCCGUUCGCAGCAAUCGUGUCGCGAAUGCUCAAUCACGCAUGACUACAAAAUCUGUCCAUUGCGCACGUCGAUUGGCACCAUAACCGAUGCUGUAGACCUGGCCGAGUGGAUUGAACGGAAAAAUCUUGAAGCCUUGGCCAAACUUAAACACGAUGCACAACGGCAGGCGAAACAAGAUCACGAUCCAGACGAUGAGGACAUGGACGAGGCAUCACAAAUGUCCGAGCUCGAAACCAAGCCGCUUAUAACUUUCGCCGAGGCGUCAGUGCCAGCCGAAUUCGAGCUGCACAAUGUAGAGCCGAAUGUGACAGGCGUUUUUGCGCGCACAGAAGUGCGCGCUUACACCAAACUUGGCCCGCUGAUCGGGCAGUUAGUACCGAGCAGCGAUGUGCGCGAAGGCAGCGAUAUGAAAUGGAUUUUCGAGAUAUGCGAAGCUGGCGCAGAGAAGUCACAACUGUUGACAUGCGACAAUCCGAAUACUUCUAAUUGGUUGCGGUACAUACGACCAGCGCCCAGUUAUGAGGAGCGUAACGUUAAUCUUGUAUCGAUUGAGCAGCAGGCAUUCUUCGUCACCUGCCGCGAUGUUAAGAAUGGCAUGGAACUGCUCUACUGGAGCGACGACUGCAAUACGAUGUGGCGCAAAAAGCACACGGAGAAGACGAAUUGUGGCGGUUGCAAUUUGCGUUUCGAUCAUCCGCUCUAUUAUCGCACGCACUGCUCCAUUUUUCACGAUCCCUCAAUGAGCCUCACCAUACGCAAAUACCAUUGCAAAGUAUGCGGCGAAGCGGUGCUCGGCAAGGACAACAUCAUGAAGCAUGCGUCUGAGAAGCACGAAGGCAAGGGCGCUUACCAAUGCCAAUUUUGCAACAAGUUCUUCCUGCGGCUCAACUACUUGGAAAUGCAUCGCACCUACGGCUGUGCGGCCAAUCCGAAUCGCGCGCGCCCACUUUGUGAUUUUUGUGGUCGUAAAUUUUGUCAACCACAAAAGCUCAAGGCUCACAUCAAGCGCAUGCAUAGUGAUAUGGCUGAAGUUUUACGAGAUUUUCAGUGUAAAUUAUGUUCAAAACUUCUAGGAUCACGCGCCGCAUUGCAGCGUCACUCCAAGGAGGUGCACAGUCGCAAUUCGACGGUGGUUAGCUGUCCACGAUGUCAGAAGCUCUUCCAGAAUCGCAGUAACUUGAAAAUUCACAUGCUUACACAUUCGGGCGUCAGACCGUUCAAAUGUUCCGAGCCUGAGUGUAAUGCCGCUUUUACCACAAAGCAAUGCCUCCAAUUCCACUACAAAAAGGUACACAACUAUACACAGGAACAGAUGCCAAAGAUCGAGCGUAGCGUCGCCUACACCUUUGACGCUUAUUCGGGUGGCAUGAAGGUUGACUUCUUGGAACAAGCACCACGCCGACGACGUAAAAGCUUGGAAGACCAAAACUCGAGACUGAGUUCGAGCAUGCAAAGCGACACAGAGUUCUCCGAUGACAAUAUCUUUGAGGCGAUCAAAAAAUCCGGCAAAUCGAUCAAAGAUCUGUGCCGCAAUGAGCCUAACCUUUCGUUACUUUCCUCUAAGAUCUCGAGCAUAUUUGGCGAAAAAGUGGUAGGCAGUCGCAAACGCAAGAAAAAGAAAGAACCGCCCACGCCUAAUAUGAAUUUAAUGGGCGCGGUGGCCGGCGCUACGGGCGUAGGUGGAGUAGGUAUGGGCGUCGGUGGCACAGAGGACGAGGAUGAAGACGAACAUAUGGAGCAGGUGCGCCGCAAGCAGGCGAAUGCUCAACUCAGUCUCGUCGAGUCAUUUUUGACCACGACUGCGCAACGCCUCACCGCCCAGCAGCAAGUUCAACAGGUGGUUGCCGCCGCGGCCGCGGUUUCGGCAAUGGCUGGCGCUGGAGCGGCCGCUGCCGUGGAUGAUCCCAGUAAGAUGCACAUGAUGUCCGGCCUAAAUAGCCAGCAUCACGCCAUGGCUAUGGGUGGACACGCAGUGGCGGGUAUGCUUAACGACGAUGAUGACGAGGAGGACGAUGAGGAUGACAACGGGCAGGAUGACCCGCAUGAUGGUGGGCAUAGCGAGCAGCACGAUGACAAUAACAGCUACCGGCAUCACGCGGGCAUGAAUGCGUUGGGUCAGAAUUUGGUUGUGAGUAAGGGCAGCAAGAAAUGGAUUAGCGGUGACGAUCGUCACCUGUCACGUGAUUGCGCCGCCGCGGUGGAUCGCUGCGGCAUGGGAGGCGGAGGUGGUGGUGGUGGUGUUGGUGGCGGCAUUGGCGCAGGUGUGGGAACCGAUGCAGCCGUCGCAGCUGCAAUGGGUGGCGCCGCAGCUGUAGCAGCCGCCUGCAGCAUGGCCGGAAAUAGUGGUGGUGUUGGCGUCGGCGUUGGUGUAGGAAAUGACAUGGGUUUGCCGACAUUUGCGGUACCGCCCAGCACAGUCGACGAUGCCAACAAAUUGAUCGGGCACAAUCGAGAUUUUCUGGCGCGUUUAAUGAAUUCAGCUAGCGCUAAUCACGCGCAUCACAACAAUCGCGGCGAGGAGGAUGAAAACUCUUCAUUCCUUGAUGUGGUCGAGUCUAACAAUAAUAAUAACAACAACGGCGCUGGCGCUGGCGGUCAAAUGCCGCAAUAUCAUCACAACGGCGGCGGUGGCGGUGUAGGCGUGGGCGGAAAUAUCAGCAACGCGGGGAACGUGAUCAACGCAGGCAAUGCCAAUGCUAAUAGCAUGGGUGGCACGGGCGCCAACAGCACACCGGGACACCAGGCAGAAGAUGCUCAACUGCAAAUGAACUCGUUGGCGCAUUCCCAAUCGUUUAUGAGUUCAUUUUACAACAACGCAAACGCAAGACUGAGCGGCGCCAGCAGUGCCUCAACAUCGGCAAGCAUGCUGGUGGAAGCGGCCUUGAACUCUGUUGGCAAUAUGAUCGACUCGGAAAAUAAUGAUAUGAAGGUACCAAAUGAGUCGAAUAUCAAUACCGACAGCCCGAUGAGCGCACAUCAUGUAGACAGCGAGACAAAUCGCUUCAGCACAGAUACUGCCGGCAACCACCACUCCAUCAACAGCAUUGAUAAUCUGGAAAACGAGCUAAAGAUGAUGAAGAAUCUCAGUAACUUCCCCAUGCAAAUACCACCACUACCAAUGUUCCCGAACUCAGGCAAUACCAUGACCUCCUGCAACAUAUCGCCCAACGCUUCGACACCGACAAACCCUCAAAGUAACCAAAACAAUAAUGAUGUAGACGUUGAUGCUGGUUCAACGCCACGCCCGCAGCAUCUGAGUAGCAACGCUACUGAUUCGGAUGGCUUCUCCUCCGCACAUCAUCGCACACCGCCCUCGCCUCAGCCCAUCUCACCAGGUCGCGACUAUGGCAUGUUCAACAAUACUAAUGCUUCGGGUGCCAACGGCACACCCGGCGGUCCGGGUACAGCGGGCAGCAACAGCAGCGGCAACAGUGGUAGCGGCAAUAGCAACAAUAACAUAUCAGCAUCCUCGCCCCUGCCUACAAUGCAGACACAUAGGCGCAACGCCUCCAGCGUGAGCAGCGCAUAUCCAGAGCAUGAGCUCAUAUCGCCAGCAUCCUCGCCGUCCAUACCACGAUAUAAUUUCAACGGCGACAUGAUGCGACACAAACGCGUCGAACAUGAAAGUGAUAGGCGGCAAACGAUUGGACAUAAUCCGCAUCUAUCUAGCGACGACGAGAACAGUAUUAUUCCGCAAAAUAGCUCUGGUCAGGAUAUGCGUAUGAAAUUCUCCCAGUCACAAAUGGACCUCAUGUAUACCAAGUACGAGAGCAUGGCUGCCAAUGCAGCGAGUCUCAAGUACAACAAUCAAGAGCUCGACUCUCCAGCUGAGUAUCGCAACGCCAGUAGCAACGCGGCAUCCGGGCCCAACGCCAACGAUUUGUCCGACUUGCAAGGGCUUGACAUGUCACGCUCCAGCGUUAGCGCUUCCAAUUAUCAUCACAAUUUCCAUCUCCCCGGCAGCGCCAGCUCAAACAUAAGCGGCAUUGGACGUUACCAUCAUCACAUCUACGAUAUUCUCUCCGAGCGUGAGCAACAAACCCAGCAGGCUCAGACACAACAACAGCAACAUCACAGUUCAGCGGUGGCAGCAGCUGCUGCUGUGGCAGCACAGCAUCAACAACAACAGGAGCACUCAAGCCAGCUGGUUAUGCAGCAACACCAAUCCGCCAUGCACAACAUGCUGCCCGAUCAACUAGGCGAACAGGAUCACGAUCAGACUACAUCGGUAGACUUGAGUCGCACAGCUAAUUAUGUGGUGCCUUCACCACCGCAACUACCCUACAACCAUCCACAUCACGAUAUGCUACGUAUGGCUUCCUUAGACUUAACGCCAAAUACCAAUAUGUCGGUUGGCAACAAUCGUUCUUUCCUCUCCUCACAGAUGCAGCAUCAGAGUCGUGAGAGUUUGGAACAUCAUCGUUUGUUGUCCACAGUGGAGCAGCAUCGCAUUUUAGCCGCCUCUAAUGUGGCUGGCGAUCAGCAUCGCCUGCUCGUCGAUCCCACCGCACAUCUAUUGAUGGAGCAAAAUAAUCGUCUGCUGGGCACCGAUCAGUCGCGCCUACUCGGCGAGACGGCCCAAAAUAGGCAUAUGGCACGCAGUUUUGGCGCUUACCAUCAGGUAGCCUCGGGCAAUUAUCAUCCCAGCGUGCGGCCACCAGUAUUGCCGUCCGCGAAUCAUCAUACUUCCAAUCCCUCAAACUAUCAUCCUUUCCCAGCGUACUAUUAAAAGUUGAAAUAGGUACUUUAAGUACGUACGUGUAAAUUGAGGCCGAAGUAAUUUUGAGGACACGUAUGUAACUUGUAAGUGUUUUUCGUUGAGCGCCAUAAGUUACACCGGAGACUUUAUCUACGGAUAUUACCAAAAGCAUAAGUGGACAUCUUUAGUUUCCCGCGUUGAAUAGUAAAAUUUGUUCACUACCAAAUCAGUCUAGUACGAUCUUCUUGCUUUAAUAAGAGAUUUAAUCGUUUUCCAUCGAUACUAAUAAACGUUAAGAUAAAUUUAUGAAGAGUUGAAAGAUACUUCCACCAAAACAGCAUAUCUGGGUUGCUGACCUUAUCAUUUACGGUUUACGCUGUUGAUUUUGCUGUGCUGGCAUAACUAGUAACGCUUAGAGUUCCAGAUCAUUCUCUCUUUAGUCU